AUGGAUCCCACCAGCCCCCAAGCACACGAAAGCCAAAGCACCAAGCUGAUCAUCGCCCUUGCAAUCAUCAUACUCAUCACAUUCAUCACGUUUCUCCUCCGCAUAUACACUCGACUCUGUUUGCUCCGCAGCACCGGGGCCGAAGACUACUGCAUUGCCGCUGCAAUGGUCUUUGCAAUUGCAAACACUGGCAUUUCCGUGGCGCAGGCUAGCAUUGCACUGGGCAAACACAUCUGGACUGUUACACCCGGGAAUAUGAAGACAAAUGCAAAGCUGCUGUACGCCGUGAUCCAAGUCUACGCCAUCAGCAUCAUGCUGACCAAGCUGUCCUUUCUCUUCCAAUACUCGCGCGUCUUCCAGCACACGCGGCUCCGCAUCUGGUGGGCCUUUGUAGGCGUCAUUGUCGUUAUCCAGGCGCUGCUAGGUGUCUUCGCAACAAUCUUCUCGUGCAGUCCCGUUGCCUUUUUCUGGGACUGGUCCAUCCCAGGCGGCAAAUGCCUGCCGCAAAAGCCCGUGUAUUCCACGACUGCGGCCCUGAAUCUGGCAACGGAUCUGGCUAUUUUCGCAAGCCCGAUUCCGCUGGUCGCACACCUGCAUUUGCCGACCAAGCAGAAGUGGAGUGUUGCUGCUAUCUUUUUGCUGGGGUCGUGCACAUGCAUCAUCGCCAUCAUCAAAAUCACAACCUUCUCCAAAGGCCUGCAAACCAAAGACCCAACAUGGGAUUUCGUCGAAAUCAAUCUCUGGUCGACCAUAGAGCUAGAUGUAGGCAUCAUCUGCGCAUGCCUGACCUCGUUCAAACCGCUAAUUGCGCGGUACUUUCCGCGAGCGCUGUUUACAGGCAUAUUCGGGACGUUUGUUGUCAGCGCUGGUAAGACGGAGCAUUUCACGGCGACACAGGGGAAUCUGAAGUGGCCGGAAGGCCUGUCGCAGACUCACACGGGUUCGACGGGACCGGUCGACCAUUCGGAUGAGAUUCCCUUGGCGGAUCCAAAGGAAUCGUGGAGUGCAAAGGGAGACUGUGAAGCCGUGGCUGCUCCUGUGUCGGCAUCGGCAUCUUACCGUGGGGAGCGCUAG